UUGUUUGCAUAAAUAAAAAAGGAGGAGCGAGGAAAUGAAAGCAUGGCAAUCCAAGAUUCCAAGCCCAAAACAGACUCUUCGGCUAGAACUCGACCAUACCAGCAGCACCAUGAGCUUCGACACUAUGAGAGACCGAGUACAAUCCUCCAGCCCCCAGAGCCCUACUUCCAAUCGGAUGCUCGAGCGCGUCCUCUCCAUCCGCAGAGUCCCCUAUCACAGUGGCGAUGUUGACGACCACGACGACGACGACCAUUUCUCCAAGACCAAGAAGCACAAUUUCUCCUUCUUCACCCACCGAUUCUCCAACUACUUCGCCCGGAUCGGACCCAUUUGGGCCUGCCUCGCUCUUCUUGCCUUAAUCUUCCUCUUCAUCUCCUCCUUGAUAUUCUUCCACUCCCGCAGAUUUGUGUGCGUCUCCAACUACGAUCCCGUUUCGCGCUCUGGGUUCUUCGGCAUGGACGGCCUCGAAUCCGAUUUCGGCUCCCUUGGCGUGCCCUGGUGCAGAUCGAAACAUGGAAAGACAGUGGAAUGGACCGCAAAAGAUUUACUAAGAGGCUUGGAGGAGUUUGUACCAAUUUACGAGACCCGUCCGAUAAAAAACAACAUGUAUGGUAUGGGCUUUGAUCACAGCUUUGGCCUUUGGUUCAUUGCUCGUUGGCUAAAGCCAGAUCUGAUGAUUGAGAGUGGCGCAUUCAAGGGACAUUCAACUUGGGUGUUGCGGCAAGCAAUGCCAGACACACCAAUUAUUUCACUGUCACCGCGUCACCCUGAAAAAUACUUGAAGAAAGGGCCUGCUUACGUUGAUGCUAAUUGUACAUAUUUUGCUGGAAAGGACUUUGUAGACUUCGGAAGUGUUGCUUGGAUAAAUGUGAUGAAAGAACAUGGAAUCGAUGAUCUUAGUCGAGUCCUUAUAUUUUUUGAUGACCAUCAGAAUGAAUUAAAGAGAAUAAAGCAGGCUCUGAAAGCUGGCUUUCAACAUCUUGUUUUUGAGGAUAACUAUGACACUGGUACGGGAGACCAUUAUUCUUUAAGGCAGAUGUGCGAUCAGUUCUAUAUUAGAGGAGGUGGGCACAGUUGCUUCAAGGACAGUGAUGAAGCUAGAAUCAGAGCAAAAAGGCAGAAGUUCUGGGAGAAGGCAGUGGAUAUAGAAGAACUUUGUGGACCAUACGAGUCUUGGUGGGGUGUCCAAGGCUACAUGCGCGAUGAUUUUAACCACAGCAAUAGGGCUAUUUCCCACGCGGAGCACUUCCAAAAUAGCAGGUACUUGGAGUCAAUUCUUGAUGUUUAUUGGGAGCUACCUCCAGCUGCCGGCCCUUCCUUAACACAUCAGACUAGAUAUGAUCCCGCUCGUGUUUCCAGCCCUAUUGUCGAAGAUGGCAGGUACAGUUUGUUCCAGCGACUUGGUUUAGCUCGACUUGAGACUUCUGUAUUUAGCGGUUACACACAAAUGGUCUAUAUUCAGAUAUCUAAACAAUAGUUGGGAGAGUCUGACAGAGAUUAGGCAUUUUACUCUACAUGUCAAUAGUUAAGGUCAUGCCUGCAUUUAUCUCGUAGUCGUCCCCUAGUUCGGAAGUGCCAUCUUUUUUCCAUACCCACUUCUGCUUUUCAAAUUUUAAGUCAAUUUAGGGACAGAUGCUUUCUGUUCAAACAUAUUCCUAGUGGUUUUGUUGAUGGCAGUUUUAUAUAUUGGCCACUGUUUGUUGUAUCCUACUGUUGUAGCAUAUCGAGCCUCAAUUGACUUUAGUAAA